AUGGCGAGAUUGGCUGACUAUUUCAUGGUGGUUGGAUAUGACCAAGAAAAAGCCGGUGCGGAAGAAGGAUGUGGGAAGAUUAUCCAGCGAUACCCCAAAAAAGACUGGGAGGGCACCGCGUUCCCUCAGGGGGUGGAGAUGUUUUGCCAGCCAAGCGGGUGGAUGUUGUCCAGAGAGAGGAAGAUCCCCAGCUUCUUCACAGUUGUGUUGACGGACAUAGAUUCAGACCGACAUUACUGCUCCUGCCUUACCUUCUAUGAGGCCGAAGUCAAUCUGCAGGGAUCAAAGAAUAUUGAAGCCGAGGAAGAUGAUGAGGAGGAAGACGGUUUGAUCCAGCCGGCUGAAGUCUUUGCACCAAAAAGUCUUAUUCUCGUCUCCAGGCUCGAUUAUCCUGAAAUAUUCCGGGGAUGUCUGGGUUUAAUUUACACUGUGUACAUCGAUAGUUUAAAUUUCCCUUUGGAAGGACUCGUGGCAAAUCUCUUCACAUUCCAGGUUCCUGUAGCCGGAGGAUCACAGAAGUUGUUCAGCCUCGGAGCAGGAGACAGGCAGCUCAUCCAGACGCCUCUCAAUGACACUCUGCCUGUUACAGGCAAAAGUGUUGCUAUGCUUUUCCAGCAGUUGGGAAUCCUUAACGUCUUAAGCCUGUUCUGUGCGGUUCUGACUGAGCACAAGGUCUUGUUUCACUCCACUAGUUACCAGCGGCUCGGCGAGGCGUGCCGAGCCCUGGAAGCCCUCAUGUUCCCUCUCAAAUACAGCUAUCCUUACAUCCCCAUUCUGCCCUCCCGGCUCCUGGAAGUGUUGAGUUCACCCACUCCUUUUAUCAUUGGCGUCCACUCCAUGUUUCAAACUGAAAUUCAGGAUCUGUUGGAUGUCAUUAUUGCUGACCUGGAUGGAGGGACCAUAAAGAUUCCUGAGUGUAUCCACUUGUCUCUUCUGCCUGAACCACUGUUACACCAGACACAGACUGCUCUGUCCCUGGUUUUGCACCCUGAUUUGGAGAUAGCAGACAAUGCAUUCCCUCCGUCCCGCACUUCACCUUCUAACAUUAAACUGUUGGAUAAGGAGGUGCGUGCCGUCUUUCUCCGGCUGUUUGCGCAGCUCUUUCAGGGAUACAGGUCCUGUCUGCAACUAAUUCGCAUCCACUCUGAACCAGUUAUUCACUUUCACAAGACUGCCUUCCUGGGCCAGAGGGGCCUCAUCGAGAGUGAUUUUCUGGCCAAGGUUUUGGAUGGCAUGGCCUUCGCUGGCUUUGUCUCUGAGAGAGGGCCGCCUUACAGAGUUUGUGAUCUCUUUGAUGAGCUGGUGGCCUUAGAUAUUGAAAACUUUAAAGAAGAGGUAAUCAGUCCUAUCAAGCUGCAAAAACGAAUCAGGGACUUAUCUGAGCAGUUCUUUAAAAAUGAAAACCCAAAUCCACACAUGGCUUUUCAGAAAGUGCCUCGGCCGUCAGAGGGCUCUCACCUUCGGGUUCAUCUGGUCCCUUUCCCAUUGUUGGACGAUGAAAAGAUUGAGACGCAGCUUCAGGAAGCCGUGGCAAAGCACAACAGCACACCGGCUUAUUCGCGACCAGAGAAGAAGUGUGUGGUUCCCGCUGGGCCGGCCGUUGUGUCUUUUAUGGGAAAGUGUGGCUCGGUGUUCAACAGCGCACGAAGACUUGAGGUGGUGAGGAACUGCAUUUCCUUAAUCUUCGAGAACAAGACCCUCGAGACAGAGAAGACCCUACCUGCUGCGUUGCGGGCUCUCAAAGGAAAAAUGGCCCGACAUUGUCUAACUGAAGAGUUGCGCCUUCACGUCCAGCAGAAUCGUGCAAUUCUCGACCAUCAACAAUUCGACUACAUAAUUCGAAUGAUGAACUGUGCUCUCCAGGAUUGCUCCACAUCAGAAGAGUUCACAGUGGCUGCUGCACUGCUUCCCCUGUCGACUGCGUUUUAUAGGAAGCUUGCUCCUGCGGUGAGCCAGUUUGCUUACACUUGCAUACAGGACCAUCCUAUUUGGACCAACCAGCAGUUCUGGGAAGCCACUUUUUACAGCGAAGUUCAGAGCCAAAUCCGAGCUUUGUACCUCAACACACCGGAGAAGGGUAGCAUCAUUGCAAAGCUCAAAGAAGCUGUGCCAGUGUCUUCCAUGGAGAAAGAUGAGGAGAAUCAGACAGCCAUGGAUUUGGCCGCGGAGCAGCUCAGGUGUUGGCCCAGCCUGAGUAAAGAAAAGCAACAUGAGUUGGUGAAGAAUGAAGAGAGCACAGUGUUCAGUCAGGCCAUCCACUACGCCAGCCUCAUGGUCUACCUGCUGGUCCCUCUGGACACCAGCAAAAACAAACUACUACGAAACCCCCCAGCUGCAGACUGGGAGAGCGGCAGCAACAGCAUUGUUACUAACAGCAUUGCUGGCAGUGUGGCCGAGAGUUUUGACACAGAAAGUGGUUUUGAGGACUCUGAGAGCAGUGAUGUGGCAAACUCUGUGGUCAGGUUUAUAGCGCGAUUCAUUGACAAGGUGUGCACGGAAAGUGGAGUGACCCAAGACCACAUCAAGAGCCUACACAGCAUGAUCCCAGGCAUUGUAGCUAUGCAGAUGGAAGCUCUUGAAGCAGUUCAUAGAGAGAGCAGAAGACUACCGCCCAUACAGAAGCCUAAGAUCCUGCGUCCUGCGCUGCUUCCUGGAGAGGAGCUGGUGUCCGAAGGGCUGCGGGUGCUGUUGGACCCUGACGGCCGGGAGGAGGCCACAGGGGGUCUGCUGGGAGGUCCCCACAUCCUACCAGCGGAGGGCGCUCUCUUCCUCACCACCUACCGCAUCCUCUUCAAAGGCAUUCCUCACGACCCACUCGUUGGAGAGCAGGCGGUGAUCCGAGCUUUCCCGGUGUCAACAAUGACCAAAGAGAAGAAGAUAAGCAUCCAAAAUCAGCUGCAGCCAAACAUGCAUGAGGGUCUUCAGCUCCGCUCUGCAUCCUUUCAGUUGAUAAAAGUUGCGUUUGAUGAAGAGGUGACCUCAGAGAUGGUUGAACUCUUCAGGAAGCACCUUCAGAGGAUUCGUUACCCUCAAUCUAUUUUUACCUCAUUUGCUUUUGCUGCUGGACAGACUGUGCCACAGAUAAUCCUUCCCAAACAAAAAGAGAGGAACACCGGCUUUCGAACACUAUCCAAAACUAUUGUUAAGGGUGCCAAAAGAGCUGGGAAAAUUACCAUGGGGCGUGGUAGCCAGGCAACUCUGAAGAAAAGUGAUCGAAGCAGUAGAAUGACCUGGAAUGAAGAUGAUGACAUUUCAAUAUCUGAUGAUGGAGAGCCACCUCCGAGUAGCACUUUGCGAGCGUCAGAAAAGUCCACGAUGGAGCAGCUGGUGGAGCAGUCCUGCUUCCGCGACUACCAGCGGCUCGGGUUGGGCACAAUCACUGCCAGCUCGUCCCGCAGCAAAUCUGGAGAACAGUUUAAGAUAACAGCCGCGAACAGACUCUACUCUUUAUGUCGAAGUUACCCCGGGCUGUUGGUGGUCCCCCAGGCGGUACAGGACAGCAGUUUACACAAAGUGGCUCGCUGCUACAGACACAAUCGCCUUCCGGUCGUAUGUUGGAAACAUCCACGCACCAAAGCUGUCCUGCUGCGAUCCGGAGGCUUCCACGGCAAAAGUGUUGUGGGACUAUUCAAAUCACAAAAUCCUUCCUCAACUCCGACUUCAUCCUCAGAGUCGUCUAGUAGCCUCGAACAAGAAAAAUAUCUGCAAGCAAUCCUCGACUCUAUCCCAAUCUACUUCAAGAUGAAUGGCAAUAACACGCUAUCUAACCGCUCUCUUGUUGGACUUUCUCCAGCUACUGAAAGGAGGACGUCCAGGUUAACAAAGAUGACCCCUGUCCAUUUGGAUAUUCCUUUCACAAGCAGCUUUACAAGAGGAGUCCUUGAGUACAGAGAUAAGCUUUUCACUCACUCACACCAAAAACAUUCAAGUAAGGAGCGUGGCCAGAGUCAAGGUGUGUGGGCCAGCCUCAGAGGCAGCACGCGGCUGAAUCAGCACCACACAGGGAUGGAGGUGGGGGCCCGGUUGGCUGGGAAGGAUCUGGCGCCCCCUGCAGGCAGCACCAGUCUCCAGGCACAGCUGCUCAAACAUCAAGCUGCACUUUACAUAUUUGGAGAAAAAUCUCAUUUAAAGGGCCUGAGAGUGGAUGCUUCUCUAAACUGUGAGCUGGUGCCAGUGGACUUUGCUGACACGCGGCAGGUCAAAGGCAGUUUCAAGAAGCUCCUCAGAGCUUGUGCUCCCAGCGCCACCUCUACUGAUCCACAGGACUCAUUUUUCAAAGCCCUUGAAGACUCUGAGUGGAUCCAACAGCUUCACAAGAUUUUGCAGCUGGCACUGUUUCUGGUGGACCUUCUAAACAGCGGGUCGUCUGUUCUCCUGAGCUUAGAGGAAGGCUGGGACAUCACCACUCAAGUGGUGUCCUUGGUGCAGCUGCUGAGUGACCCGUUUUACCGCACUCUGGAGGGUUUUCAGGUGUUGCUUCAGAAAGAGUGGCUGUCUUUUGGUCAUAAAUUCAGCCAAAGGAGCAACCUUAACCCCAGCAGCCAGGGCAGCGGAUUUACACCAAUCUUCCUUCAGUUUCUGGACUGUGUGCACCAGGUUCUCGAUCAACAUCCUGCGGAGUUUGAAUUCAAUCAGUAUUAUCUCAAGUUCCUGGCUUAUCAUCACAUCUCCAACCGCUUCAAAAACUUCUUAUUGGAUUCAGAUUUUGAGCGUUUUGAACAUGGCUUGCUGUUUGAAGACAAAGGUGACAAACAGGCUCGCAGAGGUAUUUGUAUCUGGGACUGUAUGAACAGAAUGCACAAGAGGAGCCCUAUCUUCUUCAACUACCUUUACAAUCCUUCAGAGAGUGAGGUCAUCGUAAAGCCCUCCAUCGGCAUCCCCAGUUUAAAGAAGUGGGACUAUUUCACAGAUGAGACUCUUUCCACUGGUCCAUGUUACGACUGGAGGACGAUGGCCGUGAGGUCAGAGAGCACAGAGGAGACGGACACCAUCUCCAGCAGCCAGCGGAGGAUCGUGUGGCCGUGCUACAGCAGCGUGAGUCGUGCACAGCCGGACGCCAUCACCAAACUACUGUCGGACAUUGAGAAGUUGGAGACUGAACUUCACCAAAGCCCAGAGCGGUGGCAAGCUACACUGGAUAAAGUCAAGAUCAGCAUUCAAGAGGACCUCAAGCAAGAAGGAAAUAUUUCUAAACAGGCGGAGUCUGUGUCGGGGCUGAUUCCCACGUCUAGUCUUCAGGCCAUUCAGCGGCGCUCGAUGCUGCACCUGCCAGAGAGCGGCCUGAGCGAGGACCGCGGCACCAACACCGCCAACGGCCUCAACAGACGCGCUGCAACACUCUACAACCAGUUCACCCCCAAGAGCGAGGAGAACAGAUCAUAUGAGGGGAUUCUGUACAAGCGUGGAGCACUUUUGAAAAGCUGGAAACCUCGCUGGUUUGUGUUGGACAUCACCAAGCACCAGAUGAGGUACUAUGACACUGGGGAAGACACUAACUGCAGAGGCCACAUCGACCUGGCCGAGGUGGAGUCUGUUGUGAUCACCGCGCCGACGAUCGGAGCUCCCAAACACAUCAGCGAAAAGGCUUUUUUUGACCUGAAAACCUGUAGGAGAGUCUACAACUUCUGUGCCUCUGACGCUCCCAGUGCCCAGGUGUGGAUGGACAAGAUCCAGAGCUGCAUUUCAGACGCAUGA